CCGGUCGCGCCUGCGCACGGCGUCGCCGUCGCCGUCGCCCCUCCUUGCGCAGCGCUCUCCGCCGGCGCCGGGCUGAAUGGCCUUCCGGAACGCCGCGAGCCCCGGUGACUCGCCCUCCGUGGGCCAGAAACCCUCCGCCUGGGCUCGCGCGGGAGGAGCGGGGCCUCUGAGGGGAGCGGCGACCGCGCCGGCCCCGGUCUCUUUGCUUGGCGGCGGUGGCGGCUUCUUCCGUGGGACAAUAUGUUCAAGAGAAUGGCCGAAUUUGGGCCUGACUCCGGCGGGAGAGUGAAGGGGGUUACUAUCGUUAAACCAAUAGUUUAUGGUAAUGUUGCUCGAUAUUUUGGAAAGAAAAGAGAAGAAGAUGGGCACACCCAUCAGUGGACGGUAUAUGUGAAACCAUAUAGAAAUGAGGAUAUGUCAGCAUAUGUGAAGAAAAUCCAGUUUAAAUUACAUGAAAGCUAUGGCAAUCCUUUAAGAGUUGUUACUAAACCUCCAUAUGAAAUUACUGAAACGGGAUGGGGUGAAUUUGAAAUAAUCAUCAAAAUAUUUUUCAUUGACCCUAAUGAAAGACCUAAUAUGCCGUCUUACCUUUCUGUCUGCUCGUCUGUCACCUCCCACCCCCAAUUGGAAAAUACACCUACAAAAGAAAUCAUUAUGAAACAGCUCCCAGUCACUCUUAGAAAGGUAACCCUGUAUCAUUUACUAAAGCUGUUUCAAUCAGAUACCAAUGCAAUGCUGGGAAAAAAGACAGUGGUUUCAGAGUUCUAUGAUGAAAUGAUAUUUCAAGACCCAACAGCAAUGAUGCAACAGUUAUUAACGACAUCUCGUCAGCUGACAUUAGGAGCCUAUAAACAUGAAACAGAAUUUGCAGAACUUGAAGUGAAAACCAGAGAAAAAUUAGAAGCUGCCAAGAAAAAAACAAGCUUUGAAAUUGCAGAGCUUAAGGAGAGAUUAAAAGCAAGUCGUGAAACUAUAAAUUGUUUAAAAAAUGAAAUCAGGAAACUUGAAGAAGAUGAUCAGACAAAAGAUAUAUAAACAGUUCUGAAGAGAACUUAGUAAUAAGCCAGACUGAAAAUAAGGUGGACUUUAAUGGAGGAAUGGACUUAGUGCAAAUGUUGUGAUGUUUCUUAGAGGAACUGUAUAUACAGUGAUCGACAGUGGAUUUCUCAGCGAUGGGGUCAAAGUAUUUGUACUGUUCCAGCAAUCUUUAAUGGAAAAUAUAUGUGUGGAAGAGUAGAUGCUGUAUAGGCGUCUUACCAACCCAUUUUAGGGAAAUUCUGAUGUUAAGCACAACUUAAAAAUAUUUUUAUUGGAGUAUGUGUGUAGCUUCUUAUCUUUUUGACAGGCAUCAAAAUUUCAUUAAGUAUAACUUGUAUAAAUUUUGUACUUCUCUAGUAGUUAUUAUUAGUGAUAAAAUUAAUGUAUAUAUUUAAUUUCGUCAAAUUCUUACCUAUCCCCAUCCUACUUUUUUUUAUAUGAUGUGCCCAGUCAAUAUUCAAUAAAUGUAGUGUACGGAUCCUG